AUGGCUUCGGUGGACUUGAAUAUAGGAAUGAUCUUGCUGUUCCAGACAGUCGUCGGAAUCCUGGGGAACUUCUCGCUCUUGUAUCAUUGCACAUCCCUUUACUUCAGGGGAUGCAAGCUGAGAGCCACAGAUUGGAUUAUCGGGCACCUGACUGCAGCCAACUGCCUGGUCAUUCUCUCGAGAGGAGUCCCAGAGACCAUGGCAGCUUUAGGGCUGAAACAUUCCGCCACUUACCAUGAGUGCCACCUCCUUCUCUAUGUUCACAGAGUAGCCAGAGGCAUGUCCAUUUGUUCCGCCUGCCUCCUGAGUAUCUGCCAGGCUGUCACCAUCCACCCCGGGAACUCCAGGUGGGCAGAGCUUAAAGUGAAAUCUCCCAAGUACGUUGGCCUCUCCUGUACCCUGUGCUGGGUGCUCCAUAUGGUGGGAAGUAUGUUUUUUCCUAUUUUUGUGAGUGGUCAAUGGAGCAACAAAAAUAUUACAAAGAAAAGAGAUUUCAGAUAUUGUCCUGCUUGGUGGCAUAGCGCCAAGAUCGCAAGCUCAGUGUAUGCCACAGUGACAUCUUUCCACGACAGUUUGUGUUUGGGACUCAUGACCUUGGCCAGCAGCUCCAUGGUUUUCGUCCUCUACAGGCACAAGCAGAGGGUUCAACACAUCCGUAGGAACAGUCUCUCCCCCAGACCCUCCCCUGAGACUAGAGCCACCAGAAGCAUCGUUGUUUUGGUGACCACCUUUUUAUUAUUUUAUGCCCUCUCCUCCGUCAUCUACAUUUACUUGGCUUUCUUUAGUGAUUCCAAGCGGUGGCUGAUCAAUGCCGCUGUCCUAAUCACUGCUUGUUUUUCAACCAUUAGUCCUUUUGUUCUCAUGAGCCAUGACCCCAGCAUACGGCGGCUCUACUGUGUCUGCUGUGGGAGAAAUACAUAA